UUGCAAUAAGCAAUUCGUUUUUAACCUUGAACGAAAUAUCAUCUGUCGUAUUACUAUUACACUCGUAAAUUACACAUUUACACAAGUAUGUCGCAACACAUGUGUGCUUAAAGCUGAUAAGUUUUGAAAAAACUUAUAUCUUUUUGAAAAAAUGAAAUCUUGGCUGACAUGUACAGUUAUAAUACUUUGCAUUGCUUACUAUUUAUACAUACCAAUUCCGGAAAACGCAGCUGAACCAUGGAAACAACGAUUUACAUACUCUACACUUAAAGUUAUAAAUGAUGUGGCUAGGAUUGCUGGUGUAUUGGGAUUUUCCAAGAUUAAUGUAACAAGGAGUGGUUUAGGAUUUUAUCCAUUACUUGACUGGUUAAUUUCAAAGCCAAUAAAGGAUAUCAAGCUAGUAGAUGAUGUAUUUGAUGGAGUUAAAGACGUUUAUACUAUCCAAGAACAUCUAAAGCAAAACUGACACCCGCUGUUAUAUAUUUCCAUGGUGGUGGCUGGGUGUUUUUAGAUGCAGAUAAAUAUGAAAAUGUAAUGGAAAGAUUGUCAACUACCACUCAGUUUAUCACAAUAUUCGUUGAAUAUAGAAAAGCGCCGGAACACAUUUUCCCUGCUGCCUUUGACGAUUGUGUAAAGGCAACACUUUACUUACUGCAAAAAGGAGAGAACCAUGGAGUUGAUUCUAAAAGAAUUGGUUUAGCAGGCGACAGUGCAGGUGGUAAUCUAGCAAUGGCUGUCUCGUUGAAGAUAGGAGAGCAACAAUUAAAGUUACCUCCUUUGCGGUUCCAAGUGCUUAUCUACCCAACAUUACAAGCUUUAGAUUUAACUUUAUCGUCAUUCGAAGAAUUUGAUAUUCCUGCAAGACAAGAAUGUACCCUUGUCACAAAAGGGUUGAUGAUAUUUUGGUUAAAUAUGUACGCGUUUGGUCAUUUAAACUACACCGAUUCGUUUGUCAACAAUAGCCACGUGACAAGUGCAACAAAGAAAAGGUAUAGAAAAUUGGUUGAUCCGAAACUUCUUCCAGAAAAAUAUCAAACUGUUCCAAAUGAUGACGUAGAAAGUUCUAUUCCAAAUGUGCAAAAAGUUGAGAAAAUACUUCUUAAUCCAUAUUAUGCGCCUUUAAUGAUGACAGACAGGCAAUUGAAAACCUUACCAAAAACUCUAAUCAUGACCUGCGAUCUUGACGGAUUAAGAGAUGAGGGCUAUAUUUUAGCAGCUAGGAUGAGAAACAUCGGUCAUGAUGUAAAACAUGAAAAUUAUAAAGGAAUGGAUCAUGGAUUUAUCUGGUUUUCAUACUAUGAUGCUUUUAAAGAAGGAAAUACUAACUUCUCUUCAUAUGUCAAGAAUAACAUGUAACUUUGUUUAGGAAUGACCAGUAUUGAAGAUGGGCUAGAAAUAAUUUUGAUUAUAAUUAGUGUGACAAUUGUGUGAUGCAAUAUAUUGUUGAAUUGUGUAUUUGUAUGUAUGCUUUUGUGCUUUAUAUGAAACGUUUGAUAGAAGCUUUUGUUUUUUUGUUAAUUCAAUUAUGAUACGAGAAUGCAAAACAAGACUUUAAAGCGAGGUCAAAAUGGAAUGAUGAAUGUUGUGGUGAUGGAAUUUGAGAUAAAUGAUGGCCCUAAAAAUAAUUAUUAUUUUUUAAAUUUGUUGUGUCCAAAAAACUAAAAAUAUCAUUAAAAAAAAACUCUCAGUAGACAAAAUAUUUUUAAUAGCAACAGUUUAAACUCUCCUUGGGAAAGUUUGCCGUAUAAUUAACUUGGCUAAUUACUUUAUGUCACCUUUGUUCAUAUAUGAUCAUAGAGCUCAAUAUGUAUUCAUUUAUAUAAAUAUAAGUGUUCCUGUUGGAGGCAGAUA